AACCCCGCACCAUGGAGGGAGUGCUCUACAAGUGGACCAACUACCUGAGCGGUUGGCAGCCUCGGUGGUUUCUUCUCUGUGGGGGGAUAUUAUCUUAUUAUGACUCCCCCGAAGAUGCGUGGAAAGGCUGCAAAGGAAGCAUCCAGAUGGCGGUCUGUGAAAUUCAAGUUCACUCUGCAGAUAACACCCGGAUGGAUCUCAUCAUCCCAGGGGAGCAGUACUUCUACCUGAAAGCCAGAAAUGUGGCGGAGAGACAGCGGUGGCUGGUGGCCCUGGGCUCAGCCAAGGCUUGCCUCACAGACAGCAGGGCCCAGAAGGAGAAAGAGUUCACUGAAAACACGGAGACCUUGAAAACCAAGAUGUCGGAGCUCAGGCUGUACUGCGACCUCCUCGUGCAGCAAGUGAACAGAACAAAGGAAGCCACGGGGGCCGGCGUGGGGGACGCAAAGGAGGGGAUCGAUGUGGGCACUCUGCUGAAGUCCACCUGCCACACCUUUCUGAAGACGCUGGAGGAAUGUAUGCAGAUUGCGAAUGCAGCCUUCACAUCGGAGCUGCUGUACCGGACACCCCCGGGCUCCCCCCAGCUGGCGGUGCUCAAGCCCAGUAAGACAAAACUUCCCAUCAUACCGAUUCACAACGCUCUGGAAAGGCAGAUAGAAUUGAACAGCUGUGAAAAUGGAUCCUUAAAUACAGAAAUAAGCGAUUCUGAAGAAACCCUAAUUAAAAACGAGAGCCCCUUACAUAUGAAGCCCACGGAGAAGGGGAACAGCUUGUCAACUACAGAAAAUGUAGAAGACCAUUUAAUAGUCCAAAGUGAUGAAAUUGAGGAUGAUGGAGAAGGAGGUACAGAAACGCCUCCUGAGAGUGACGUGGAGCCCCCACCGGAACAUCCCACGGCAAUGAAUCCUGUAAGUGAAUCUCCUGGGGCACACCUGGAAGAGGACAAGGAGGAGGUCCAGACUUUCUUCAGUGCCAUGAAUACAAGCUUUAGCGACAUUGAACUCCUGGAAGACAGCGGCAUCCCCACCGAAGCAUUCUUGGAGUCAUGCUACGCCAUAGUUCCGGUUUUAGACAAACUCGGCCCGACAGUCUUUGCUCCUGUUAAAAUGGACCUUGUGGGAAACAUUAAGAAAGUUAAUCAGAAGUACAUCACCAACAAGGACGAGUUUACCACCCUCCAGAAGAUCGUGCUGCAUGAAGUGAGCGCCGACGUGGCUCAGGUCAGGAACUCGGCCACGGAGGCCCUCUUGUGGCUAAAGAGAGGACUGAAGUUUUUGAAGGGUUUCUUGACGGAAGUGAAGAACGGAGAAAAGGACAUCCAGACAGCCCUGAACAACGCCUACGGCAAGACGCUGCGGCAGCACCACGGGUGGGUGGUUCGAGGCGUCUUUGCGCUGGCGCUAAGGGCAGCUCCAUCCUAUGAAGAUUUCGUGGCGGCGCUGACCAUUAGGGAAGGGGACCAUCACAAAGAGGCAUUCAGCCUCGGGAUGCAGAGGGACCUGAACCUUUACCUGCCAGCUAUGGAGAAGCAGCUGGAUGUCCUGGAUAACCUGUACGAAGCCCAUGGUCUGGAGUCUGAUGAAGUGGUCUGACCGCCAUGGCCCAGCUCCUCCUCACAACUUCAGGGAAUCACGCAGGAUCCGAUCUUGGCUUUCCAAGGCUUGUUUCCAUCAGCCUCCUCCUUCCUUCCCCUUCCCUCCCCCCGGGACAGUGGGGAGCAGGCAGAGCCCCCGCCCUUCUGUGUCAGAGCCCCUGGUGGCCAUGUAUCUGUGUGUCUAAGGACCCAGGUUGUAUAUCCCAGUUGUGAGGGCAUGUAGGGCGCCGGGUUGUCCAGGGGGCCCUGGCAUGUGCUCUGACCGACCAUACGAGUCCAGAAGGUCAGCCCUCACUGUCCUCCUCUCAGA